GCUGAUUUUUCUCCUCCCCUCUAUUCUGGGCCCGUGAGGCAGACGCGGCUCCUGGGAUGGGCUCUUUGGCGCCCGUCGGCCUCCUGUGGGGACUCUUCCUGAUUCAGGGCAUCCUGAGACCGCUGCUCGGGGAUCCGGUUUUCAUCCCACCUUUCAUCCGAAUGUCCAGUCCAGAGGUCAGCGCGUCCCUGGUCGGCGUAGUCAGCGAAGACAUCACCGUGUCUCUGACUCCGUUGCAGGUCCAGGAAGGAGUGUUGCCAGUUCCUACCUGUGUUCUCAACAAUGAAACGGGAGAUUGGAAUGUGACCGUGAGUCCCGGAGCGAACGUGCUGGAAGUGAUCGUCAGGUGGAAGAGGGGUCUGGACCGGUGUUCCUCAAGUGAGACAGCCUCCUUCUCAGAGCCCCCGUGCAUCGUGCAGACCCUGCUAGUGUCAGCAUCCCACAAUGGAUCCUGCUUAGCACAUCUGCUCAUUCAGGUGGAGAUUUUCCCCAACACGUCUGCGACCCACAAUGCAUCAGAGAACGUGACUGCCAUUCCUAACCAAGUCUACCAGCCCCUGGGUCCCUGCCCUUGCGACUUGACAGCCAAGGCCUGUGACAUCCGCUGCUGCUGUGACCAGGACUGCCAGUUGGAGGUGAGAGAGCUGUUCCAGCAAUCCUGCUUUGCUGGCGUGUUUGGAGGGGACGUCAGCCCUCCGUUCCACCAUCGCUGUGGAGUUGGCCCUACUCACCAGACCCCCGACUGGUUUCCCUUCCUGUGUGUGCAGUCACCCCCCUCCACCUCACCGUUCCUUGGUCACUUCUAUCACGGUGCCACGUCCCCCAGACAUGACCCCGCCUUCGAAGCUCAUUUGCACUUUGACCUCAAAGACUUUGCCGAUGCUGGCUACAAACAGGGAGAUCCGAUCAUGACCACGGAGGGGUAUUUUACCAUCCCUCAGGUGUCCCUAGCUGGGCAGUGUCUACGGGAUGCUCCAGUGGCCUUCCUGAGGAAUUUUGACAUUCUAUGCACCAUGGACCUGGAAGAGCACCGAGAACAAGGUGGAAUUGCCCCUGAGGAUGUGCGGGUCCGCACGGCGGGAGGCCUGGUCACACCAACGGUAACCUAUGAGGAAGCCGCUGACCUGGAAAGGCUCAUCAUCAGUCCAGACACAGUGUUAAGCACUGGAUCGGCCCCCAGACAUGUGAAUGUGGAGGAACAUUAUGUUUUCAGGUGGCAAAAUAAUUCUAUCAGCAGCCUCGAUGUCACAAUCAUCAGGGCAGAAGUCAGCGCCCAGCAGAAAGGAACAGUGGCCCAGAGAUUCACAGUGAAGUUUUUAAACCAUAACAGUGGAGAUGAGAAGGAAUCUUCUGGAAAUCCAGGUUACCAGCUUGGCAAGCCGGUCCGAGCCCUGCAUACCAAUGGGAUGAAUGUCACCGCGUUACACCUCUGGCAGCCAGCGGGAAGCGGCUUGUGCACAGCAGCCACCCUCAGACCCAUUGUGUUUGGAGAAAAUGCCCACUCGGGCUGCCUCUUAGAGGUUGGCAUUAGUGAGAACUGUACCCAGCUCAGGGAAAACGUCCUUCAGAGACUGGAUUUGCUGAUACAAGCAACUCACGUCGCAAGGAGAGGCAACUCGGACUACAAUGAUCUGAGCGAUGGCUGGCUGGAGGUCACACGUGUCGAUGCUCCCGACACAGGUGCUGACCUGCCCCCAAGCAGCGCAAACAGCAUCUGCCUGGAAGUUCCAGCCCAGCUCACCAUCCGCAUCCUCACUGCUGAAGCUGGCUCCGUGGAAGGGGUGCCUCAGCAGGAGAUCCUCGCCGUGGAGACGAGGUUCUCCACUGUGACCUGGCAGUACCAGUGCGGGCUCACCUGUGAGGACAAGGCCGACCUCCCUCUCAGUGCCUCAGUUCAGUUUAUUAAGAUCCCUGCGCAGAUGCCCCGCCCCCCGACGAGAUUUCAGAUCAACUUCACGGAGUAUGACUGUACCCGGAGUGAGCUGUGCUGGCCCCAUCUUCUGUACCCUCUGACCCAGUAUUACCAAGGGGAGCCCUAUUCUCAGUGUGUUGCCAAAGGCCUGCUGUUGCUGUCACUCCUCAUGCUGGCGACGCUCCUCAGUUGUCCUUGGGUCAGAGUGUGCAGAGCCUGGUCCCCGACUCCCGGCUACCCUUAGGUUUUUUCCAAGACC